UCUACAGUAGAGGUUGGUGCUCACCAGGCGAGGCCAUCCCGAUCUUCUGUGGAAUUCCAGAAGGAUUCAGCCAUGGAUGUCGGUGGCCUGCAGGAAAGCGAGGAGUCGCCCCCCUGGAUGAUCCAAUUGUUCGAGCAAUUGGAUUUGGAGGUGGAUGAGGAGAAUCUUUGUUCGACUGACAAGAUGACUAAAAAUGACGCGAAUUCUAUUGAUAAAGAUGAUAAUUCUCGAAAGUUGGGUAUUGGUUCUUCUGAUAAGGAGCGUCCAGAAUGCAAGCAUCCUGCUGUUUGUGCUCUUAUUCUUCCGCGGAAGGAUGAAGAGAAACGGGAGGAGUAUAUGACUGACCCAGAUGAUUAUUUAACAGGUUGCCAUACUCACAACACUACUGGUACUUGUUUUGGAAGCUCCACAUGUCCUUGGUCCAACAGAACUCUUCCAGCCCCCCAUUCCCGCCCUUUAAUUGGGGCGCGAUAUCUUCUAUCCGAUGAGGAAGCAAAGGAGUACUAUAGGACGAAAAAGAGACUUACGUACCGACGGAGACCUCAAAGUGGAAUGGAGCCGAAGAUUGAGGAAUGCUUGCUUGCUUUCAGGAAUUAUGUUAAGAAUAAUAGUCUUGAGGACACUGAGCACAGGUUCGGAGAACUUGUCUACCAUUGUGCCACCGUUCAUGUUGAGGACAAGAUAUAUCAGCACUUCAAUUUCAUUAUCGAGACAAAACUUAUGAAUUCUGAUAUUUGGACACCAAAACUUUAUUUUGCUGAGGUAAAGGAGUUGUCUAGUGGCAAGUACUAUUUCUGCUGCCCACUGGAGGCAAGUGAUAGUGGUGACUGUUAUCAAUGCGAGAGACAACAAUUGGUGGAUGGCCUACAACAUCCUGACAGUGGUGGUUACGAGGACGGAUAUUCUACGGAUUAUGACAUUUGUAUAGGUUACUCUUCAUCAGAUUCAUAUUCGGACAAGGAUGAGGACAAGUUAUCAUUAUCAGUGUGGGAAGAUCAUUGGCUCAUGUACGUCAACUGAAUCAACUGGACGUCGAUGGGUGUGUGUUGGUAAUCCAUUAGGUAUUCUCUCGAUGAGAGAGAGAAAGAGUGAAGACAUACACAUGGGUGCACUCCACGGCACCCCUGCACCCCUUGCUGGAGAGGAAUUUCACUCUUGUGGAACGCUGUGAUCCUUCUCUCCGGCGAUCCAGCAGAAAAGAAUGCUCUCGGCGGGGCUUCUCUGGAAGCACUGGAUGAGGGCCUGGUGUAGAUGUUAGGCCAGUGCAUCCAGGUUACAGAUGAUCAUCCCAGGAGAUUAGUUGUGUCUCUAUAUCCUUGGUGUGUGCAUCCUUUUGAGCCUCACAAUUCUGUAAAAACUAUCCCUCAUUUUUUAUUGCAAGGCGCGAAAAAAAAGGAUCUGAGACAUUACCUGAGCAAGCUAAGUUGUAUUGAUUUCAUAUUAGAUAUGAAUAUGCAACUUACAUGUGGCGUAUCAACAAAAAGGAAUAUUAUUAAGAAAAAUCAUCGAA